CAAUUAUUUCAACAACCACAACAUCCGCCCUAACAUCUAUCUCAACAAGUACACCAAUUAUUUCAACAAGCACAACAUCCGCCCUAACAUCUAUCAACAAGCACACCAAUUAUUUCAACAAGCACAACAUCCGCCUUAACGUCUAUCUCAACAAGUACACCAAUUAUUUUAACAAGCACAACAUCUAUCUCAACAAGUUAACCAAUUAUUUCAACAAGCACAACAUCCGCCUUAACACCUAUCUCAACAAGUACACCGAUUAUUUCAACAAUCACAACAUCCGCCUUAACAUCUAUCUCAACAAGUACACCAAUUAUUUCAACAAUCACAACAUCCGUCUUAACAUUUAUCUCAACAAAUACACCAAUUAUUUCA